CACUACUCGUUUAAAGUUUUCCACGGGGUUAGCUUGUUUGAAAUGACUGUUAUCCUAGUUACCGGCGGUCCACUUAGAGUUCAAUAGUCUCUUGGUCGUCAUGCGUAGGACAGACUCGCCAAUUACUUCAAACGGUUAUAGAAACAGCGUAUCACCCAGGAGUCGUCGAUACAGUCGGUCUCGAUCUCGUUCCAAAUCACACUCGCGUCGCUACAGGAGUCGCAGCGGAAGUCGUGACUUUUAUCGUCGCAGCCCUGGCUACGGAUAUAGAAGUUCCGGCCGAAAGAGGUUUCUUGGGCCGCGAGAAAAUCCUACUCCUUCCAGGUGUCUUGGUGUCUUUGGUUUAUCCCUUCAUACCCAAGAAAGAAACCUUUACGAUAUUUUUUCGCAGUAUGGAAAUAUUGAAGAUGUUCAAUUAGUCUUCGAUAACUACACAGGUCGCUCUCGUGGAUUUGGUUUUGUAUAUUUCACUCACGUCGCUGACGCAAAAGCUGCAAAGGCCGAUGCGCAUGGGAUGGAAAUUGAUGGACGACCUAUUAGGUGUGAUUUCAGCAUAACCGAACGACCACAUUCGCCUACUCCCGGCAUAUAUAUGGGGCGACCAUCUAGACGCCCUAUUCCUCGGAGACGAAGUAUUUCUCCACGUGGACGUUAUUCUCGUUCAAGGUCUCGUUCGCGUAGCUAUGAUCGUAAGUAGCGCUGCAUUUUAACCUGAUGUUUUCCUUCAGGGCGUUACUAAACACUGACAACAUUUGUGUUAAACCCAUUUUUACUGAGAUGCAUUUCUGCUUCAGUGUGCGACUGUUUCAUCACUUGUCUGUAAUACAAUUCCUCCAUCUGUUCACUCACAUAUGAUACAAAAUAAAUAUAUAGUCAAG